AUGUACAUCAACAAACUAUAUGUCGAUCACCCAGACAGGUUUAGACAGUAUGGGUUAUGGGAACGAUAUGCUGACCUAUAUCCAGAUAAAGAUUUGGUUUACACUGUUGGUGUUGAUGAUUAUCGAAAGGAUUGGUUCUUCGCUCAGGUUACAAGGAAAACUGGUGAUAAUGCAUAUAAAAGCACAACAUGGCAAAUCAAAUUCAAUCUUGACAAUGUGGAUCAAGCCGGAACCUACAUAUUAAGAUUAGCACUUGCAUCUGCACAUAAUUCCGACUUGCAGGUCCGGAUAAAUGAUCCUGAUGUAAAUCCUCCGGUAUUUUCAAGUGGAGUUAUUGGGGGUGACAACGCGAUUGCCAGGCAUGGAAUUCGUGGAAUCUAUUGGUUAUUUAGUGUGGAGAUACCAGGUUCUGAAUUAGUUCAAGGGGAAAAUACCAUAUACUUGACACAAGCUAGGAGCAGUAGCCCUUUCCAAGGAAUUAUGUAUGACUACAUUCGUAUGGAAAGUCCCCCAUCUCUUUAG